AUGCCUCCACCUCCACCGAAUGCCUUCAAUCCAGGCACGCUGCUUACGGUAGGAUCGCACCAGGUGUCUAUAAUCAAGUACAUCUCGUCGGGAGGCUUUGCUCAUGUGUAUACAUGUACAAUUGAUCCUCCAUUCCACAAUAACACCACCGCAUGCUUGAAACGGGUGGUGGUACCUAACAAGACACAAUUGACAUUGCUUCGUCAGGAGGUUGAUGCCAUGAAGCGGCUUCGCGGGAAUACUCAUGUGGUUUCAUAUAUUGAUUCUCAUGCUUCAAGGUUGAAUGUUCCAGCUCCAGAGCAACCGCAGCAGUACGAAGUACUAUUGUUGAUGGAAUACUGUCUGCGCAAUGGAUUAAUUGAUUUCAUGAAUGCUAGAUUGACUCACAGACUUACAGAGCCCGAGAUUCUCUCCAUAAUGAGCCAGAUAACUACUGGUGUGGCUAUGUGCCAUCACUUACACCCUCCGUUGAUCCACAGAGACAUAAAGAUUGAGAACGUUCUCAUUGACGCAAACGGAACAUACAAGCUUUGUGAUUUUGGUUCUGCUGUCGAGUAUAGUGGUGUACCCAAAACCUCUCAGGAACUUCAACUCUUACAUCAGGACAUUAUGCAACACACAACUCCCCAGUAUAGAGCUCCAGAAAUGAUAGAUUUAUCACGGGGCUUUCCAAUUGACGACAAGCUGGAUAUCUGGGCUCUAGGUGUAUUUUUGUAUAAAUUGUGUUACUAUACCACGCCCUUUGAGCUGCCCCAACAGCGAACUUUGCAGGACUUGGAACAACUGAUUCUCCACUCGUCGACCACGCUUCGAUUCCCCCAUUCCCCACCAUUUUCUCCCAGACUUCAGAACAUCAUCAAGUGCUGCUUGCGGGAAGAUCCUCGCAGAAGACCUAAUGCUCUUCAACUUUUGCAGGAAGUGUGCUUGAUGCAAGGUAUCAAGCAAGUACCAGAGGUAAUCCCAUACUCAGUGAGAUUGCAAAAGUCUCAGGCAGACAUGAAUAUGCUGAAUAAUGGAAACUCUAGUGGUACACAAAUUACUCAAGAGACACAAAAGGUUACUCUUAGCUUGAAAGCCACCAAGUCGCCUCCUGAUGCAUUCGCUUCGAUUGACAAGAGCAAAGUUUUGAGCAUGGGAUCGACCAAGUCCACUCUCAAAUCUAGACCCAAAUCAGCAAUCUAUGCUUCGGAAGGUGUCAUGAAAAACAGCGAUUCUACAACCUCUUUGCAAGAUCUCAUCAAACAGCAUGUCAGCGAAAGCUCGAAUGAAAUUUCUAAUAUCAGAAAGUCCGAAGAGUUGGACCGCGGUACCUUGGAUUUCUUGAGGUCUAAGCAUGAUGUGCACAUAUCGUCAUCCCAGAACACUGGUGGCUCCAUUAAGUCGGCAAUCAAGAAUGGUCUCCGGAGAAUAAGUACUGGUGGAUCUAUUGGGCCACAGAGAAGUGGCUCAUUCGGCCAAAAGCGGUCCAAUACCCAUCCAGUAAAGCAGUCGUACACUGGGUCAAGGAAUGUGUCAGAUGAAAACUUACGUGUUCCAUCUGGCGAGCAGCCAAUGAGAAAGCAGUCAAUUCAAAGGCGCAUGGCAGCUCUUCUUAAGAAUAGCGAAAAGAAACCUGCAAAGACAGCGUCAGGAUAUGGAAAGUAUACCGACACAGAUGAUCUUCUCGCUAUCAACCAUACCAAUCUUUCAGCUAACGCCAGUGCAGAAUCACUAAGUUCCUUAGACACACAGACACCAACAUACUAUGAGUUUGGUGAAAAGUUGACUGCCGUCUCCUCGAAAGGAUCUGUCAAGAAGCUGGUGUCACCUCCGUCGAUAGUCAUUGAAAAGCAAGUUCCAAGCUUUGCUCCUAAGGCUGCCAAAUAUGGCAAGCUCUCACACAAACGCGACAGUCCUCCUUUAUGUCCCCCAAGUUUGAGCCAUACUCCAGGAUCUAAGGGCCUCAACAGUCAUACCUCGAGAAACUUAAACAAGGAGACAAAGCAGGGAAACAAGGAGAAGACUACAAGCAAGAAACCACCUCCAAAACCCAAGAAGCCACUGCAUUUGCAAGUACAUGAUAGUAGUGAUAGGAGGCUCAGCACUUCAAGUGAUGUUUCCUUGCCGGACUUGGAUGAUCUUGAAAAGCAGUUUUCUAGAAGAUUUCCCAGCUAUGUUUGA